UAUUUUGACAAAUUUGACAUCAGUUUUGGCGCUAAGAUUGGCAAGAUUAUCAGUAAAUAAAGCCAGAAUAUCGCAAUUUAUCAGUAGCAGCCGGCUAAAUUUAAAGUUUAAAAUAUGGCUGUAGUGAAAUUUGUUAAAUACUGACGAUUUAAAAAUAAGAUCAAACAAAUUUUAUAUGUAUAGUAUUACUAAACUGAUUGUUGCUUGUAGAAUAGUGAGAAAUGUUCAUGCAUCAGUAAGAUUUAACGUGUUGUGUCAUUUCCUUGGUACUCCAAGAGUCUCCCUUACGAACACGAUCAUGGCGCAGAGGAGUAUCACCUCAUUCUUCAAGGUAUCUCCUCCAAAAUGUGAGGUUAAGCAAGAGAAACCUGUAGUCAAGCAAGAGGCAGAUGAAAAAGAAGAUGAGGAGGUUAGGGACAAUUCACCUAUCAGUAAUGGAAAAGCUCAGGUUACAUCAAAACGGCCAAGGCUAGAGAGUAGUGACAGUGACACUUCUAUUAGGAAGAAAAGUCCAACACCCACCUCUGGAAAGAAAAGCAAAGUGAAAAGACAGCGAAUCGAGAGCUCUGAUAGUGAUUCAACAUGUCCACAAGAACCACCAGCAUCACCAGAUCCUCCAAAAUCGCCACCAUCACCAGAAUCAGAAGAAAAGACUGUCAUAAAACUUGAGAAGUCAUCACCGAAAAAAUAUGCUUCACCUAAGAGUAAGAAAAAACAGCCGCUUAAAGAGCCUAAUCCUGUAAAAGAGGUGUCUCCAAAGAGAUCUAAGAAACAGAGUCCAGUUGAAAAGAAAAACAAGUCUCCCAAACAAGAAGUUUUAUUUAAAAAGGAAAAAGAGGAGGAGAAAGAGAGCAAGACUGAAGUUAAGGAAUUAGUUCCAGAGGUAGAUUACAAUCCGGCAAAGGCUAACUACCAUCCCGUAGAUGACGCAUGUUGGCGCGCGGGUGCACCCGUACCUUACCUGGCGUUGGCGCGCACUCUCGAGCUCAUAGAAGCCACGUCGGCGCGCCUGAAGAUCAUAGACAUCCUGAGCAACUACUUUCGCUCCGUCAUCGUGCUUACACCGGAUGACCUGUUGCCAAGUGUCUACCUGUGCCUCAACCAAUUGGCUCCAGCUUAUGAGAGCUUGGAACUGGGCAUAGCGGAGACGUACCUGAUGAAGGCGGUGGGUCAGUGCACGGGCCGCACGGUCCCGCAGCUGCGCGCCAGCGUGGCCCGCGCGGGGGACCUGGGGCUGGUGGCGCAGAGCGCGCGCAGCACGCAGCGCACCAUGUUCCCCGCGCCGCCGCUGUCCGCCCGGAGCGUGCUGGCCGCGCUCAGGGACAUCGCGAGGAUGACAGGUCACGCAUCUGUGGAUAAGAAGAUUAAAAAGAUUCAAUCUCUGUACAUCGCGUGCAGGCACUCGGAAGCUCGGUAUCUUAUACGGUCUCUGGAGGGCAAGCUGCGCAUCGGCCUGGCGGAGCAGUCCGUGUUGGCGGCGCUGGGCGCGGCGGCCGCCAGGACCCCGCCCGGGGGGGACUGUCUGGACGCCGCCAAGGGAAAGACGCCGGACGAGUUUAAGGCUAUCGUGGACGAGCACGUCUUGACCAUCAAGUCCGUGUACUGCGAGUGCCCCAACUACGAGCGCGUGGUCCCGGCCCUGCUGCAGGAGGGCCUGCGCGGGCUGGCGGGCCGCUGCCGCCUGCAGCCCGGAGUGCCGCUCAAGCCCAUGCUGGCACACCCUACCAAACAACUCGCACACAUCUUCGACAGAUUUGAAAACGAGCAGUUCACUUGUGAAUGGAAGUACGACGGCGAGCGCGCCCAGCUUCACGUUCCCGAGCUGGAGGCGGGCGGAGGGCCUGACCUCAGCAAGGCAGCCAUCUUCAGCAGGAACCAGGAGAACAACACCACUAAAUACCCGGACGUGCUGGGCCGGCUGACGUCACUGCUGCGGCCGAAUGUUACCAGCUGUGUGCUGGACUGUGAGGCAGUCGCCUACGACGUGGUCAACAAGCAGAUCCUACCCUUCCAGGUGUUGUCGACGCGCAAGCGCAAGGACGCGUCUGAGGCCGACAUCAAGGUGCAGGUGUGCGUGUUCCUGUUCGACCUGCUGUUCCUCAACGGGGAGCCGCUCGUGAGGCGCCCGCUGCUGGAGCGGAGGCAGCUGCUCAGGGAACACUUCAACGAGGUGCCAGGCGAGUGGCAGCAGGCGACCUCCCGCGACUGUAGCUCGCUGGAGGACGUGCAGCAGUUCCUGGAGGAGGCGGUGCGCGGCUCCUGCGAGGGACUCAUGGUGAAGGCGCUCGCCGGACCUCACGCUCACUACGACAUUGCGCGACGCUCACACAACUGGCUCAAGCUUAAGAAGGACUACCUGGACGGGUUAGGUGAUACACUGGACGUGGUUGUGGUGGGUGCGUAUCGCGGUCGCGGCAAGCGCGCCGGAGUGUUCGGCGGGUUCCUGCUCGCCUGCUACGAGCCCGAGCACGAGCAGUACCAGUCGCUCUGCAAGAUCGGUACCGGCUUCAGCGACGAGGACCUGCAGAACCUCACCAAGCAGCUGCAAGAGCACGUCAUCGAAGCGCCCAGACCCUACUACAGCUUCGACCCGCAGCACUCCGCGGACGUGUGGCUGGCGGCGGCGCGCGUGUGGGAGGUGCGCGCGGCGGACCUGUCGCUGUCGCCGGCUCACCGCGCCGCCAUCGGCCGCGUGCACCCCGACAAGGGGAUCUCGCUGCGGUUCCCCAGGUUUGUUCGCGUGCGGGACGAUAAGACGGCAGAGCAGGCGACCUCGGCCGCGCAGAUCGCCGACAUGUACCUCGCGCAGGACCAGGUGCGGAACUCCACCACAGCCAAAACCAACAUGGACGAGUUCUACUGAUGUAAGCACUACGCACUCGACACAUCUCGAAACCCAGUCGAAUGUUAAUUUACGUAUGAGUUUUCUCAGCAUACCAAAAUACUAAUAAUAUGAAAAUAAUUGUCCGUCCGUGUUGUGAACAUUUCGCUGAUUAUUCUCACUACAAUGAGCUUGUAUCAUGUUCCGGUUCCCAAGUCCCAAUGCUAAGUGCGUGUGUGCGUGUUUAAAAUUUACAUGCAAUCAUUGUUUAAAUGUACAUUUGUGUCUAGAUGUAAAGUUGAGAAUGUAUUCCAGGUAUCAAUAUAAUUAUUUACUGUAAAAUAGAUUUUUAUAUUAAAUUAAAAUUAAGUUAGCUAUUUUCAAAAGGCA